CCUCGUCACGAACGAGGCGCUCAAGAACCUCGACGACGGCUCGAUUGAGAACCUCGCAAAAUACUUUAACAAGUGCUGGAGAGCGGGAGCGCUGCCAAAGCAGUGGAAGACAGCCAAAACCAUGCUGAUUCCCAAGCCGGCGAAGCCGCCGGACACGGACAACCUCCGGCCCAUCUCGCUCACGUCCUGCGUGGGCAAGGUGCUGGAGCACGUCCUGUUCAACAGAUGGCAAGGUGGCAAGACUACCUGGAACGAGAAGGGCUGUACCCGGCCACGGUGAUCGGCUUCAGACAGCACCUAAGCACGCAGGACGCGAUGCUGCAGCUCAAAUACCAAAUCAUUGACGAUGGCGGCAGCGCCCGCGACAACAAGGCAAUCCUGGGACUCGACCUACAGAGCACCUUCGAUAAGGUGAAACACUCGAUGAUUCUGUCCCAAGUCUCCAAGCUCAACAUGGGCGAAAGAUCCUACAACUACAUCAAGGACUUUCUCCUGGACAGGACAGCCGAGCUACGAGCAGGCGACCUACAGACGCAAGAGAAGCUGCUCAGGAGCACCGGAACACCGCAGGGAUCGGUCAUUUCGCCGAUGCUGUUCAACCUGGUAAUAAUCGGAGUGGCCGAGAAGCUCACGGACAUCGAAGACGUCAGGCACACCAUCUACGCGGACGAUUACCGGCCGCGUAGAUGGGUGACCGGCCUCAGCGACGCCCACAUCGAGGGCGCGCUGCAAGCCGCCGUCGACGUGAUAGAAGACCAGCUGGAAGGCACCGGACUGAGAUGUUCGCCGAGCAAAUCGGAGCUCCUGAUACUCCCACCUUCCAACAACGGCAGAGGCAAGACCAGACAACGCGAAUACGAAAAAAUCAGAAUCGUAACCAAAUCCGGCAACGUGAUCCCCGAGGUCAGCAAAAUCAGGAUCUUAGGCAUGGUCAUCGAAAAGAACGGAAGAAACGGUGACACCAUCGCCCGUCUCACGGCAAAAGCGACCAACGCAAUGUCACUCUUCAAACGAGUCACUUCCCGGAAGGCUGGCAUGAGAGAGGAGAGUCUAAUCAGGCUCGUCCAAUCCUUCAUCAUCAGCCACGUCGCGUACGUUGCAGCCUACCACAGAUGGCUGCAACACGAACGCAACAAAAUCAACGUAAUCACCAGAAUAGCGUACAAGACGGCGCUGGGACUCUUCGAGUCCACGAGCACGACCCGCUUCUUACAACUCGGGAUACACAACACGCUCGAAGAAACAGCCGAAACGCAACGGACCCCUCAACUGGAGCGGCUGUCCACGACCAAAGCCGGGAGGAAGAUACUGGAUGACCCGGAUGACCUGGGAAUAGGACGCUCGAACGAGGCGGAGAUGAAGCUCCCCGUCCCCGAAGAGGUCCGAUGCCAGACCAGAAUCGAUCCCAUACCCAAGAACAUGAAUCCCGAAUUCAACAAGGGAAGAAGAACGGUGAGGGCCAAGGCUCUCAUCGACCUGCACGUUAACGACGAGCACGCGCGGUACGUGGACGUGGCCGAAUACCAACGGAACGCCUUCGCAGCGGUCGUCAUAGAGGCGACGACCGGCGCCACGAGGACGGCAGCGAGCGUGAGAAGCGCCGGAGCGGAACAAGCAGAGGAGGUGGCCAUUGCCCUGGCCAUCGCCGACGCAGACUGCCACACCGAGCUGAGUGACUCGAGACAGGCGGUGCGAAACUUCGCCAAUGGCCAAAUCUGCAGGGAGGCCGAACGCGUACUGCGAGCGGCCAAACUGCAAGACAGAAAAAUAAGAAUCAAGUGGUUCCUGGCGCACGCGGGCGACGCGUCGGAGCGCAACGAGAACCACAACGAGACGGCACACGCAGCGGUGCGAGCGCUAACCAACCGCGCCCCGGUGACAGACCGUUCGACGUGGUUUGGAGCCAAGGACCGCAUGACGGACUACAACGACAUCACGGAGGCCUACCGCCUGGCUCGCAGGAUUCUCCCACUCCCGCAUCCGAGGCACUUGAGUAGAGCGGAGGCGGCACUACUGGGACAGAUCCAGACCGUAUCGCUACCGAACCCGGGACUGAUGCAUCGCAUGUACCCCGAGACAUACCCGACCGAUAAGUGUAGGGUCUGCCGGAGGGAGACGGCAGAUGACACGCACACCUUGUCGGACUGCACCAAAAAUCCAGAGGAAGCAAGAUCAAGAACGAUCCCGCCGCGGCUCGAGGCAGCCGCGAUGAGCUACGACCAAGACCAACAGCUCUGGGUCGUCCAGCAGCUCCUCGGGGCGCUCGAAAGGCAGGGACCCAGCGAGCCGGCAACGGUGAGCGGAGACCCGCGCCGAGUAACGGCAACCUCGUAGACCACGUAGGCCCUCGUCGGGGCGCGCCAGCGCCCAACUGCAGGCACAAGUAAAGU